AACAAAGUGGAGCCUGUUCUGUGGUUCAGCUGCCACCUGUCUGAUGAGUUGCUUCCACUGUGGUUGAAAACUAACCCUUAAGGCACUGCAAGUAAAAAGCCCUUGGUUUUUAGUAGGUAACCUCUAGCUAUUGCACAGUGGGCUGAAGGGCAGAGGGAGCUCGAGUUGGUAUUUUUGGUGUGUGCUGGGACUGGAUCAGAAUGUAUUUAAAUAGGACACUGCUCCAAGUGGUGGCUCCUGUGUCCUCGGAUGACAGAUGUGUUCCAGAUGAGCACUGCAGCGAGACCUGCAUCAAGGAGCACACAGGAAGGAGCCCUAGAGAAAAUACUAUUCUGACAUCACCCAUUUUCCAUCUGUUUGUCCUGCCUGAAACCAAAGAGGCUUUCAGCCUGAUGCAUCCUUGCCAUUACCUUUUUUAAUUAAAAAAUGGAAGUACAGCCUGUUUUCUUCACAGCGAGAUGCUCGCUAGAUGUUUGUUUCCCCCAAGAGAAUAUCACGUUAUCGUUGCUUAUGAGGGCUGAGUGUGCUACACAAACUGCCACGGGCCAUUUAAAGCCUUUCUGACCUUUAUUGUAACAACUGCUCCAUUUUAUUUAAAUCAUGAGAGAAAUCACUAUUUGUACACCUCAGCAGGAUGCCCUCAUAACCCAGUGAACUCCCCUUGGGGUUGCUCAAAGUGUUCUUUUUCAAAAGCGAAGUUAAUGGCACAUCAGCUACCCGUUGCUUAUAGUUGGUCUUCCUUUUCCAGACGCCUUGAAGCCACUGACACAGUUUUUAAGCAAAUAUAAAAACCUGUCUACUUUUCACAUGGCAAACCUGAACCACAGAAACUAGAACAAAAUCACAAUAAAUACUUUUACCCCACAACCUUAAAUAUAGCGACAUCUUGCAGACUAGGCAAAGCUGUGGUGAAAGGAGAACGUGCUGCCGUGUCCUAGGUGGAAAUGCUGCAACAGAAAGAUGGUUUAAUUCUGUAGUUGCCCCACAGCAACCAAUCUAUCUUAAUCUGAGAUUUACUGGAAUUGUAUUUAUGUGGGUAGGUGUGGUGUGAUCCUUAGUGCUACGCUGGACCAUAUAGUUCACGAUUUGGUUGAAAGCCUCGGGGUAGCAUCACUACAGCUGAUAAAGCUUUUUGAAUACAAACUUGGCAGCGUCGUUUGAUGCAAAUUUUGUGAACACCUAUUGAAACAAGGGAUUGUUUUCGCAAGCCAUGGGUACCCUUGCUCCCACCCUGCCCUUCACUCUCAACCCUGCUACAGACCAGUAAAUAACUCAGGAUAACAAGGAAUAAAAUAACAGUAUCCUUUGCAAAAGGGAAAUUAUGGCAUCCAGAGACAGCUGGAUUCACCUUUUUUAACUUGUACAUUGAACUUCUGGAUAAAUAAAUCUGAAUUGCUCACCCUAGGCUGUGUUUGCAGGCACUGAUACCUCCCUCGGGCAAUUCAUCUGACCUCCCUUGGGCUCUUCUUCUGGGAUGAAUCACCUUUGGGUAUAAGCAUCUCUCUCUGUGGACUAUAAUAGGAAUUCUGGAUGAGUAGCUCAAAUUUGGGCUCUUAAUGAUUCAAUUUAGGGAUGACGCAUCUUGUGUAACGUGACCCAUUCAACGUGGAUUAAUCUACUUGAGCACUGAUUAAUCUUGUACGUGGCAUCCUGCCUUGAGACCCAAAACCUGCUACAUCAGAGUUUGCAAGGCUCGGAGCAAAAUAAUUCACCUGCCAGAACCAAGAUCCUUGAAGCAGAAACGUGCAGGUCCUGAAGAGCUCCGGGGUCAGGUGGUUUCACAACAACAAGUAAAGAAAGAGUAGAACAAAAUACAAGUAGGAGCAUCAAUAAGUGGAUGCGCUGACCUGGAGUAAAGCCUGGAAAACAGAAGAGCAAACCUGCCGAAGGUCGUGCUGGUUUCCCUGUUGCACUGAUACUGCUUGAAUUGUUAAGAAGGACCUGGAAAUGAGGACCUCCAAAAAUACCGGCAUCGUCUGAAACUCGAUGGAGAGGCUGAAUCACACCAAGACAACCUGCCUCGGGCCUGAAAGCAGGAAGGGACCCUGUGCAGGUGAUAAGCCGGUACCCAGUGUUCGCCUUUGCUCUCAGGGGGCUGCCGGUUCAGCUGGAAACCACAGAGCUUCUGGAUGACGUUUUCCUCUCCUCCCACUGAAUCAGCCUUUUAUUUACUCUUUGGAAUGCAAAGUAACAGGACACCCUAGUUAGAAUUCCUGGGAACUGCCUCCACCAGAAGAUAUUUCCCCUGCAUUCGUUGUGCGUGUUAAACCUCGACUUGCUGCUCUCAGGAUGCUGUGGUGGCCACACUGAUGCAAAGAGACGACGUUAGGAGGAGGUGACAGCUUUUGUUGAGGAACUGAUACAGUUUGGACGAAACAAGAGGCUUUGUUUGCUGCUGACUGCUGCCAUCGCACGUGGGACAUGAACAACCUGGAGGAAGGGGUGGAGUUCCUCCCUGCCAUGAACUCCAAGAAGAUGGAGAAGCGGGGCCCGAAGCGGCGCGUGGUCGUUGCCAUCAUCAUCAGUGUCUUCCUGCUCGUCUCCCUUGUCACCGGCCUCCUGGUUUGGCACUUCAAAUACAGGAAUGCACCCGUCCAGAAGGUUUUCAACGGCCACUUGCGGGUUCUAAACUGGGACUUCCUUGAUGCUUACGAGAACUCCAGCUCGCCCGAGUUCGUCAUGCUGGCCAAGAAGGUGAAGAGCACGGUAGAAGAGAUCUACAUGAAUCAUCCAGAUAUUGGCCCGUACCACAAAGAGACGGUGAUAACUGCCUUCAGCGAAGGCAGCGUCAUUGCCUACUACUGGUCGGAAUUCAGCGUCCCCAAGUACCGGGAGGAGAGCCUGGACAGGGCGAUGGCGGACAAGCAGAGCCUGGUGCAGAGGUGGAACCCCCGCCUGCGGAACCCCAUGCUGAAGGUGGAGUCGGUCGUUGCUUUCCCUGCUGAUCCCAGCAUCGCUCACUCCACUCGGGACAAUAGCUGCGUGUUUGCCCUCCACGCCAAGGAAGGGGAGAUCACCAGUUUCACCACCCCGGGCUUCCCCAACAGCCCCUACCCCAACAACGCGCUCUGCUACUGGACCCUGAGGGCGGACGCCAACUCCAUCAUCAGCCUGACCUUCAAGACGCUGGAGCUGGAGCAGUGCACGGAUGACAGCGACCACAUCAAGGUGUACAACUCGCUGAGCCCCGUGGAGCCCCACACCUUGGUCAGGCUCUGUGGGAAUUACGCCCCUUCCUACAACCUGACCUUCCUCUCCUCCCAGAACGUCAUGCUCGUCACAUUGGUUACCAACAAGGAGGGGAGAUUUCCCGGCUUUAAGGCUGAAUUCUUCCAGCUCCCAAAGACGAAAGUCUGCGGUGGGACUCUGAAAGGAGCGAGCGGCACCUUCACCACUCCCUAUUACCCGGCACAUUAUCCCCCAGCCAUGGACUGCGUCUGGAACAUAGAGGUUCCCUCUAAAAAGAACGUGAAGGUGCGUUUCAACAUGUUCUUUGUGCUGGAGCCGGGGAUCCCCGUCAGCUCCUGCACCAAAGACUACGUGCAAAUCAACAGCACGAGGUACUGCGGGGAGCGCUCCCAGUUUGUGGUGGCCAGUACGACCAACAAAAUCGAGGUGCGGUUCCACUCGGACCUGUCCUACACGGACACCGGCUUCUCCGCCGAGUACCUGUCCUACGACUCCAGCGAUCCCUGCCCUGGCAAGUUCACCUGCAACACGGGCCGCUGCAUUGAGCGGAGCAUGCGCUGCGACGGCUGGCUGGACUGCGUGGACGGCAGCGACGAGAGGUCCUGCAACUGCACCGAGCAGCAGUUCAGGUGUCAGAACGGCUGGUGCAAACCCAAAUUCUGGGUCUGCGACAACGUCAACGACUGCGGCGACAACAGCGACGAGCUGCAGUGCAGCUGCGCGGCCGACAGCUUCAAGUGCGACAGCGGGAAGUGCAUCCCGGACACGCAGAAAUGCGACGGCAAGGACGACUGCGGGGACGGGAGCGACGAGGGCAGCUGCAGCGCGGUCCAGGCAACCGUCCCCUGCAAGGAUUACACCUACAAAUGCCGCAGCGGGCACUGCAUCAGCAAACAGAAUCCUGAGUGCGAUGGCGAGCAGGACUGCGAGGACAAUUCCGAUGAGGAGAACUGCAACUGCGGGAUCCGUUCCUACAUAAGGAAGUCGCGGAUCGUCGGCGGGCAGAACUCGGACGUCGGGGAAUGGCCGUGGCAGGUCAGCCUGCACGUCACGGGCCAGGGCCACAUCUGCGGGGCCUCGCUGGUGUCGGAGAGCUGGCUGGUGUCGGCCGCGCACUGCUUCCUGCAGCUGCAGGGCAUCAGGUACUCGGACCCCAGCCUGUGGACAGCUUACCUGGGCCUGACCGACCAAGGCAACCGCAACGGCGCCAACGUGCAGACGCGGAAAAUCAAGCGCAUCAUCUCCCACCCGUUCUUCAAUGACUACACCUACGACUACGACAUCGCGGUGAUGGAGCUGCAGAGCCCCGUCACCUUCUCCUCCGUCGUCCAGCCCAUCUGCCUGCCUGACACCACCCACCACUUCCCCGUGGGCAAGGACCUGUGGGUCACGGGCUGGGGAGCGACCUCGGAAGGAGGCAGCGGAGCCUCCAUCUUACAGAAAGCUGAGAUCCGGCUCAUCAACCAGACGGUGUGCAACGAGCUGCUGACGGACCAGCUGACGCCGCGCAUGAUGUGCGUGGGGAUCCUGAGCGGCGGUGUGGACGCCUGCCAGGGAGACUCGGGGGGUCCGCUGGUCAGCGUGGAGCCCAGCGGCCGCAUGUUCCUGGCCGGGGUGGUGAGCUGGGGCGACGGCUGCGCCCAGAGGAACAAGCCCGGAGUUUACAGCCGCCUCACCAGCCUGCGCAGCUGGAUCCAAGAGAAGACAGGACUUUAAGGAGCCCGUGGAUUGUCAUUUCCUCCCUGGCCUUUACUGUGAAGUUGGACUCUACCUCUCCAGAGCAGCAGGUGCUGAUGGUUUCAUUUAGGCCUUUAUGUUCCCAGCUGCCAACUUAGAAAUCCAGUUUCCCUUUGUGGGUAAGUUAGCACGACUCCCAACAACUUGAGUGAGCAGUCAUUCAAGAUAUAACACUUAAAGACAAACACUUUGUGGUUAGAGGCAAACUUCAUUGGGACAGAAAAAUGUAAUACAGCGUGAUUUUGAACCUAAGUCCAGCACUUUGUUGCAAACUGCCGUCUGCACCUCUGUUCAGUCGUGGUGGGGGAAAUGGGAGUUCUUACCAAGGUCGGGGGAUCCCCUUGGGGACCCCUCCCUGAGUGUUGUUCCACACCGAGGUCUCCUCUCCUGGCAUCUGGUGGCAGCGAGUCCAGGGCUGGGGGCCUGAAAGAGAGAAAUGUGGUGUGUGUCACCCCAAGAGAAGCAGCGCCCAGCUCUGUGUGCAGAAAUGGGGUGUCCAGCAGAGAGACGACGUCUUUACCUCCACCCAGUACUGCGGUUGAGCUGACACGGCUGCUUCUGAGCUCCAGCAGCUUCUUACUGCUCGCUGCGAUGAGCAGAAGAGCUGCUCUGAAAUGUGUUCCUGGAGUUUGGCCCCUGCAACAAGAACACCACCAUUCAGCUGUGCCAAACACCCACCUUACAGCCUUCUUACUUUUGUAAAGAAGAACACAACAGUGUCACUUGUGAAUGUGCUGAUUUUAUUUCUUUAUUUUCCUGUGUAGCCUGGUCCUUGCCCCCAAACAACUGCACUCCAGCUGAGUUUAGUUUGCCCCGUCCUUGCCUGUAAAUACAGCAUUUUGUAAAACUCUCUAUUGAAGUGGAGACGCUCUAAUAAACUGGGAUAUUUUCUAA